AUGCUUCGUUGGACAUCAUUGCCAGUCGAGAUUUUGACCAGAAUAUUCCAGUUUAUUCAAAGCGCAAAGCAACUUAGAGAAUGCCGACUGGUGCACAAGACGUGGGAUUACCCAGCAGAGUCAGCCAUGCUAAGCCAGGAAAUAACACUACACAACUGCAUCGCCUUUCAAAGCUUGAUUUAUCACUUGAAGAAAAAGCCAGCAAAAGGCAAGCUGAUCAGAUACCUCAACCUGGACUUUGAUUAUGUUUACAUGAAUCGUACUUUGCUAAAGCACGCAUUCCAACUGUUUUUCACUCCCAAUCUACAGGUUUUAAAAGGAGACAUGCUCUCUCAAAUCAGCGAUAUGGGAUGCGAGAUCAUCAGAGAGAUAGUUUACAAGUCAAAGCAAGACUUUCACAAAUUCAGAUACCUAGGCAACACUCGUUCUGCGACAGACAUUUACUGGGAAACCGUAUCUCUUUUUCAACAAUCAUUGCAGAGACUGGAUUUACAAUUCACGGAUUGCGAAGACAUGGCGGGAGAAGACAACAGACACUUGAUACACAAUGUUGCUUUGGAAAUAGGCAGAUUUGAGGAGCUACAGCAUCUUGAUCUUCAAAUGUUUUACGACGAUAGCAUUGUGGAUAUGGAGAGAAUACUGGACAACUGCAAUUCUUUACAGCAUUUGCGAGUUGCCAUUGGCAUGAACCAUUCCGAAUCGUUGGACGAUUAUUUUCAGGUCAACCAGAUCAGACAGAUUGAUAAUGCCAUGUCUUUGAUAUUGUACACAGAUCCAGGUGAAACACCCAUUCUACUUGAAUACUGCAUCACAAAAUAUUCAAACAUUAAACAAAUAAUCUACGAGUCUCCUGAUGGUCCUCCAGGCUUUGCAGAAGAUAUGGAGAGCUUUUCAAGAGAACUUGAGAUACUGAAUUCUGUGCCGCAUUAUGAAAUGGAGUUUUUGCUUCAUCCAGAGAGCAGCAUUGAAGAUAUACAACGUACGUUAAUGACAGACAAGAACAAUGUAGUCAUUGAUAUCCUGGAUGAAGAUUCCUUCUCUGUAAGCGGAGCAAAGGAAGUGAGAGUAACAGUUACGUUGAAGUGA